CAAGGGGGAAAAUAAAAUGGGUAAAGGAAAAAAAAUAUCAAACGUAAAACGAAAUAAAGAGGGACCGCGGCGGCCGAGCGGGCCCGGACCAAUGGGAUCCGUGGGAACAUUCCACACUUGUGGCGGCGGCGGCGGCGGCGGCGGUGACGACGACGACGACGGGGCAGCACAGCUCAUACCACCACCACCACCACCACCACCACCAUCAUCAUCAUCACCACUACCACCACCGAUGUUGCGCUCUCUCGCGACCAUCUUAUACAAGACUCCCAGACUUCAAAAAAAUGCUGUUCCAUCAAUUUUCCCUAAAUGUGAACAUCUUCCUCACGCUGUGCAAAUAUCCAAUAAGAAACCACGAACCAAACAACAAAAUGAAUUACCUAAUAAAAAAAAAAAAUAGCAAAUCAUCAAUAAUAAACAUCAAAUAUUUGAAGAAAUUAGUUUUAACAUAGUUAUAAAUACAAUCUUGAUAGAGUAAAAUCAUCAUGUAUUCAAAAAUUAGAUAAAAAAAAAAUGUCCUUGUUAUUAGGGUUUCCAUCUAUAUUACUAUACUAUUAAUAAAGCUGUAUAUUAUUUUUAAUUUUCGAUGUUAAAUAUACUACUAUUAUAGUAAAUUAUAGGUAUAUAAUACUACUGUAUAAACUACUAUAGUAUUAGAAAUAACUAGGGUUUGGAUUUAAAGGCAAUAUAUAAUUUAAAAAAAGCAAUUAUUUUUAUUUAAAUUUAUAAAAAAAAAUAAAAAGAUUGUAAUAAAAAAUUAAUGCAGACUAACGAACAAUUUUGAAUCUAGUAUCAACGCAUUAUGAACAUAUUUUAAUCUAUAGAUAAGUAGUAUCGGUACUUUUAUAAACGUUAAAUUAACUGGCAAUACUAAAUACUCUAUACUAUACUAUAUAGUAAUAUCGAUAAAUAUCGUCGAUAAUAAAACCCAUUAAUAAUAAUUGACAAAUAACAAUGCUCCGUCUUCAGAAGAUCUUAUCGAUUUGUACCGUUACGACACAUGUCAUGUAUAAAACUAUCAAAUCAAUUGAAUAUUAAACAUAAAAAGACAUUUAUAACUAAAAAAAGCAACAACAAAAAAAUUACAUCCAUCGUCUUAAAUAUUAAAUGACACAUAUUUUUAUAUAAAAAUUAUUUUUCUAUGAUUAUUAUUAAAAAGAAAGGCUUUUGCCUUCAAAUCUGAACCCUAGAAAUAACAAUACUUUUCAUUGUAUUUUAUUAAAAAAAAACUAUUUACAAUAUUUACAUAUUUGUGUUACUAAGAAUUAAUUUUUCAAAAAUUUAAAUUUACAGCAAUUAUUUUUUUGUAUGUUAAAUUAUCUACCUAUAUACAAGUAUAUAUU